AUGGCCAUGGCCGCGGCUCCUCCUCCUCCCCGGCCUCGUGUCAUGGUGCUGCCCUUCCCUGCCCAGGGUCAUAUCAUGCCGCUCAUGGAGCUGUCCCACCGCCUCGUCGACCAUGGCUUCGAGGUCGACUUCGUGAACACGGACUUCAACCACGCCCGCAUCCUCACGGCCUUGGCGGCAGGAGGAGAGACCGGGGCGGCUGUCCAUGCCGGGAUCCACUUGGUCUCUUUCCCAGACGGCAUGGGCCCCGACGGCGAUCGCGCAGACAUCGUUCAGCUGGCUCAGGGCUUGCCGGCGGCGAUGCUCUGCCGCGUUGAAGAGCUGGUCAGAGCUCAGAAGACUCGGUGGGUGGUGGCUGAUGUCUCCAUGAGCUGGGUGCUGGGCCUGGCCGGCACGGUGGGUGUGCGCGUGGCCUUGUUUGCGACCUUCUCGGCCGCCACCUUCGCGGUAAGGAUGCGUAUUCCCAAGUUGGUAGAGGAUGGCAUCAUUGACGAAAAUGGUAAGAGCAAAUCAAACCCGAUUUCUGUGUCAUCUGUACUCUCCAGAUCAGAAUUCAUGCUGGACAUGGUGUUUCCGUGCGCAGCGAAUGUGAAGAGGAAUGAAAGGAUCAAGCUGAGCCCCAACACACCAGCCAUCGACGCCACCGACAUCCCCUGGGUUAGGCUUCGAAGCCCCAUGAUAAAGGGCAUGAUCAAGACCAACCAAACGUUCGUGCUCGCUGACACCAUUGUCUGCAACACGUUCCAUGCUAUCGAGUCCGAGGUGCUGGCGCUCCUCCCCAAGGCGGCACUAGCCGUCGGCCCCCUUGAGGUGCCAUCGUCGACUUCAGCCAACCAGCUCUGGCCCGAAGAACCGGCCUGCCUGGCCUGGCUCGACGGCCAGGCCCCUGGGUCAGUUGUCUAUGUGGCAUUCGGCAGCUUUACAGUCUUCGACACUGCGAGGCUCCAGGAGCUCGCCGAUGGGCUGGCGCUCACCGGACGCCCGUUUCUGUGGGUGGUCCGGCCGAACUUUGCCAACGGCGGCGAUGAAGGCUGGCUAGACCAGUUCAGACGCCGCGUUGGAGACAAGGGCCUAGUCGUCGGCUGGGCUCCCCAGCAGCGCGUCCUCUCGCACCCUUCGGUGGCAUGCUUCAUCUCCCACUGUGGAUGGAACUCGACCAUGGAAGGGGUGCGUCACGGCGUCCCGUUCUUGUGUUGGCCAUACUUUGCCGACCAGUUCAUGAACCAGAACUACAUCUGCGACGCGUGGGGCACGGGCUUGAGGAUCUGUGCCGACGAGCGGGGCAUCUUCACCAAGGAGAAGAUCAGGGACAUGGUCGACCAGCUGCUCGGUGAUGAUGGGAUCAGAGCGAGGGCACUGUCUUUGAAGAGAGCAGCGUGCGAGAGUAUCGCAGAUGGAGGGUCCUCGCAUCAGGAUCUGCUCAAGUUUGUAAACCUGCUGAGAGAACAAUAA